CUUUGAAUUUACUGAAUUAAGAAAAAUAAAAGAAAUGGAUUUGAACUUUGAAGUCCAGGUUUUGUUGUUGGGAAAAUUUGAUUUUGUGAAGAUUUUCUAGAGCAAACGUGGCAAGAAAGAAGCUUUCUUUUUCGGCUUUUCGGUUUCGAAUUCAUGCCUUCUUUAUAAGCAUUUACUGAGAGCAGGAAGAGAAGGGUUUUAUUUUGCAAAUUUUGCUUAUUUUAGUUGAAGAAACUGAUAUGAUUACGUUUAUGGAUUCAAAAGAGAAACUCAAGGAGGGGGAUAGGUGCUUAGAUCCUCAGCUAUGGCAUGCCUGCGCUGGCGGCAUGGUUCAAAUGCCUCCGGUGAAUGCCAAGGUCUUCUACUUCCCUCAGGGCCAUGCUGAGCAUGCCUGUGGACCUGUUGAUUUCAGGAACUGCCCAAGAGUUCCUGCUCAUAUACUUUGCCGGGUCGCCGCCAUUAAGUUCAUGGCUGAUCCUGGGACUGAUGAGGUUUAUGCAAAAAUUAGGUUGGUUCCUUUGAAUGGGGCCGAGGCAGGUUACGAGGAUGAUGGAAUUGGAGGGCUUAAUGGGACUGAAACGCCGGAUAAACCUGCCUCUUUUGCAAAGACGUUGACACAAUCCGAUGCAAACAAUGGCGGUGGGUUCUCUGUUCCGAGAUAUUGUGCAGAAACCAUCUUUCCGCGAUUGGAUUACUCUGCCGAUCCCCCUGUUCAGACAAUCCUUGCUAAGGAUGUCCAUGGGGAAACAUGGAAGUUCAGGCACAUUUACAGAGGGACCCCUAGGCGGCAUCUAUUGACCACAGGGUGGAGUACCUUUGUGAACCACAAGAAGCUUGUUUCUGGGGACUCAAUUGUGUUUUUGAGGGCAGAGAAUGGUGAUCUCUGUGUUGGAAUUCGUCGCGCAAAGAGGGGAAUUGGAGGUGGAUCAGAGUCAUCUUCAGGGUGGAAUCCAAUGGGUGGGAAUUGUACUGUGCCAUAUGGUGGAUUCUCGGCGUUUUUGAGGGAGGAUGAGAACAAACUAAUGAAAAAUGGCCAUGGUAAUGGCUCUAAUUCGAAUGGAAGUCUAAUGGGUAAGGGGAAAGUCGGGCCUGAAUCGGUUUUUGAAGCUGCAACACUUGCUGCAAACGGACAGCCCUUUGAGGUUGUUUACUACCCUCGAGCAAGUACCCCAGAAUUCUGUGUGAAGGCUUCGUUGGUGAAAGCAGCAUUGCAGAUCCGGUGGUGUCCUGGAAUGAGAUUCAAGAUGGCCUUUGAAACUGAGGAUUCUUCCCGGAUAAGUUGGUUCAUGGGAACUAUAUCCUCUGUUCAGGUUGCUGAGCCUUUGCGCUGGCCCGAGUCACCGUGGAGGCUUCUCCAGGUUACCUGGGAUGAACCCGAUUUACUUCAAAAUGUGAAACGCGUUAGCCCAUGGUUGGUAGAAUUGGUAUCCAACAUGCCCGCGAUCCAUCUGACACCCUUCUCACCCCCAAGAAAGAAGAUGAGGCUACCACAACACCCAGAUUUCCCCUUCGAAGGCCAACUUCCAAUGCCGACGUUUUCCGGCAACCUCCUUGGACCCAGCAGCCCCUUUGGUUGUCUGCCCGACAAAACUCCUGCUGGCAUGCAGGGAGCCAGGCAUGCUCAUUACGGUCUAUCCUUAUCAGAUAUGCACCUCAAUAAACUGCACACAGGUCUAUUUCCGGCUGGUUUCCCGCCACUUGAUCAUGCUGCUGCACCCUCUAAAUUCUCCAAUAACACUAUGAUUCAAAAGCCUACCAUGAGCGAGAAUCUUUCUUGCUUAUUGACUAUGUCACAUUCUACCCAGACGUCAAAGAAACCCGAUGAUGUAAAGCCACCGCAGCUCAUACUCUUUGGUCAGCCAAUACUUACCGAGCAGCAGAUCUCUCUGAGCAGCUCUGGCGAUACAGUCUCACCAGUUCUUACUGGAAAUAGUUCGUCAGAUGGGAAUGCAGAUAAAAUGGCAAAUCAUUCUGACAAUUCUGGAUCUGCACUUCAACAAAGCAUACAAGAGCGCUCAUCUUGUGAGGGUUUCCAAUGGUAUAAGGAUAAUCGACAUGAAACCGAACCACAUCUGGAAACUGGUCACUGUAAAGUCUUCAUGGAAUCAGAAGAUGUAGGUCGUACUCUUGACCUUUCACUUCUUGGGUCCUAUGAUGAGUUGUACAGAAAACUGGCAGAUAUGUUUGGCAUAGACAAUUCGGAGACACUGAACCAUGUGCUCUAUCGAGAUGGUACUGGUGCAGUUAAACACGUUGGAGAUGAACCUUUCAGUUGCAGUGAUUUCAUGAAAACGGCAAGGAGAUUGACGAUUCUAAUGGAUUUAGGCAGCAACAAUGUAGGAAUGUAAAGAAAGAAGUAAGCCUCGAUUCAAUUGUACAGCUCCCCAUGCUGACCCUUUACCCUUCGUGAAGUUGUCGGAGAAGCUACUCCGAUUCAAUUUUUGAGCCUCCAAUCUAAGUCCUCCCGCUUUCUUAACGUAUCUUCGUUUUGUUGGUUGUCUUUUGUUCAUUGAGGUUUCUUCCUUUCUUUUUGCAUCCAAAUCCUAUUUGUACGAUUUGGUAUAUGUACAUCGGAUUCUCUUAUUGUCCUAGUACUCAAAUGUCAUUACCAAUUAGACAGUUUCUACAA